GAGGGGAAAGGCAGCGCGGAGGGACGGGCGCUGCCAGCUAGCGGGAGGCUGUUCCUCCUCAGUGCUUGCGCGGUGACAGAGAAAGUGUCCCGUCUUCACCGGGUUAGUGGAUGCUUUCUGCCUUCGGAGACGCGUUCCCCGGGAGGGUGUUUGUAGUCUGCGGAAAGCGAGGCUACCAGGGAGUGCAUCCCCUCCCUGCAGGAGAGCUGUCCGCAUUUCCUCUUUUCCUUAGCCUGGCUAAUGAUCCGCAGCGCGGAUCAUCCGUUCUGAGCGUUCCGAAGGAAGUUUCGGUUCACGUGCUGGCAGAGGUGGUUUGAACGAUGUGCGUUGACUUAGUGAUGAUGAGUGAGCUCGGGCUCCGUUUCCAGGGUAGUGUCCUGCUGUCUGGAGGCAGUGAACCGCCGGGAAAAUGUCAUAACUGCUGAAUGACCUCAUGUUAAAGCAGCUUAACUAAAAACGAUUUUUAAAAAUGCUUCGGAAGCUACUCUGAGCUGUGUAGCUUUCUGUUAAUGCAUCGAUGUUGUCACCAUUACUGCCUUGCAAGUCUGUGUAAUUGCUGACUAUAGGAAUGUGAGGAUUGUAAGGUGUGGGUUGAGGCUGGAUUCAGUUUGACCUUUGUACCCUAGUACCUGUCGACUCGUUUAAUUUGUCCUCGUGACUACUCCUUACAAUACAGUUUAGGAGAUGGACUUUAUAAUAUGCUGUUUGCUAUUUCUGAUAUAUUUCAACUAUUGCAUUGGUAUGCAACUAACAUGUCUGAUAUUGAAAUGAUGUAAUUCCCCCGUAAUCCUCAGUUUCUUCUUUUAGUGUAGUUUUUCUUCUGAAUCAACUUUUAAAUUGCCAUUCCAGGUUAUUUUAUAUUUUCGUCAUCACUCCUUGAUGUAGUGCAUAUACUGGUAAUUUUACCUGAGUAGGAAAAUAAACUCAGAAGGUUUAGGCAAGAGAAUUUUCAAGACCCAUGUUAGCCAAAUAAGAAAUUAUGUCUACAAUUUAAAAGAGACAGUAGGAAAAAAGGCCUCAAAAAUUUUCCUAUCAGCUUUUCCAUGUUUCUUGAAUGAAUAUUGUUGAAAAACAGUUAUAGACAGAAAUGCAUUUUUUGCUGCAUUGUUCUCAAUGCAUGAGUGUUUGGGAUUAUUUAUAUGAUCAGGACUUUACAUUACACAAAACUUGCACAGGUUUCUGUGGCACAUAAUGUCAUUUGAAACUGAGCGAGUCCAAAGGAGAUAUAUGAACCUCGUGUGUUUUUUUCUUCUGGCAGGUGGCAGUCACAUCUCCUGAUUCUUUGAAGCUCGGUGCACCAGCUGCAAGGUCUCUGAAAGGAUAAGAGGAGGAUGCAAGUGCCCAGUGUAGAUUUUCCCACUGCUGUGUGGAGAUGUGCAGGUUCAGUGUGUGCUGCUCCUCCUGGGCAGUGCCUGUGUUGAGCAGAGGGCGGCUGUGAGGGCAGCUGCUGCUGAGGGAUUGUUGCAGGAUCGGUGGGUGAAACCCGCUGGAGUGGCAAGGGCAGCAAUGGCAGGGUUGAGGGGCCACGUGUGUGUGAAGAGGCGCACUGGCCGUGCUGUCUGUCUGGGUGCAGGGACGUGGGUGUACCUGUGUGCGAACAUAAGUGUACAGAGCAAGAGGUGCAGCUGGGUUAGUGAAGUGCUGUGUGUGCAUAAAGUGAAACUCUUCGAGGAAGGGUGCGGAAGAGGACUUGAUGCUGUGCCUCCUUGUGUGGCCCCGGAGCUGGACCGUCGUGAGGUUGGGUGCAGGAAGGGAGAGCCAGAAGUGUGUGUGGUGGCAUCUGAAAUGUGCUGAAGUUGGCAUUUCUCUUCCUUUUGGAGUUGGUGUGUUGUUGGCCAGUUGGUGAGCUCCCCAGGAAGGGAAGCGGUGAUGGGAGAGGGUCUCUUUGGGGAGAACAGGGCACACCAGCCUUUCAUGGGGCCCCUGGUGGCAGCGCUGCAGUUGUGAGAGAGCCUUGUGCAGGUAGGUGGGCAGCAGUCACUGGCCUUGGUGUGCUGGAGGAGGGGCACUCUGGUGCUGUGCCUAGAGCUGGAGGGCCUUGAGGAGAGUGAGGUGGCCUUGUGGCUGUGCUCAUGUUGCACAGGAGCUGCUGGGGGCGAGGAUGAGGCGUUUGAGGUGCACCAGUGUGCUGUGCUCAGUGUUGGAGUGGAGCCUGUGUGCAGCACACACUUGGAGUGCACACACAGGGUUGUUGCUGGGCUGUGCGAGAGCUGCGUGCCUUUGGUGUGCGGCCGAGGCAGGGAGGUUCCCGUGGCGGGAGCGCCCCUGCGGUGAGCGAGCGCCUGGGAGGAGGAGGCCCAGCUGGGAGCACAGAGCCUGCCCCGCAGCUCUUGUGCCUGGCGCUCCCCAAGGUCCCAAGGGCGCAGCUGGGUGUUCCUGGAGAAGCCCCAAGUGUGUGCAGGCCUGUGAGUUGGGGGGCUGGGAGGGCUUUGGGUUGCGCUGGCUCUGGCCUUGAAAGCGCCUCCCGCGCUGCCCGGGCUUCCUGGGCCGGAGCCCUGGCUGGACGGUUUCUGCCACCAUUUUGUGGGAGGGAGAUGCCAUUUUGUUCAGUGUUGCAGCUCCUGCUUCCUUGUAUACCAGGAAGUACUCAGAUAUCAAAAUAUUUAUAUGCAGCGCAUGCAUUGGGUAUGUAGAUAUUUAGAGUUGUCUGUAAGAAGGAAUGAAUCAGUAGAUUCAUACUUAGAUCCGCUAAUUAUAGACAUUUCUAGAGGUAUAUGAAUGAGAGAUUUGUAAUGGUAAAAUCAUAAGCCUGAGGUAGGUAAAGCAGUCUUUCUUGAGAGCUGAUGGAAGGAAUCUGUAGAUGUGGAUGAAAUGCAUUGCACAAGGAUAAAAGGCAGGUUCAGGCCUUCUGCUUUGCGUGGCUGUAGAAAAGCACCGAGCUGUUUGGGGAGCAGCCAGGAGGCGGCACAGGGCACUGGGACGUGCCCGAGGGCUGUGGAGCUGUGUGAGGUGGCUGCCAGGCAGGCCUCAGCAAGCACCGUGACAUGUCCCCAGAACAUGGCUCGAGGUCUGUCCCUCGAUCCAGGCUGAGAAGGCUCCAUGCCUGGGCAGAGCGCAGUGGGAUGGUCAUGCAGAGCCCUGGGGCAGGCUCUGGGCAUGCCGUGGCCCUACCAGACACAAGCAACACAGGCUGAAAAAACAGAAGGCCAGAACAAAAUCCCUGUGUCGGAGGAUCAUGUACCUGGGGACUUAAGUUGUGUUUUCUCUCUGAAGAGUCUGUGGUGUCGAGGCAUUGUGCACUUGUGGGUAAGAUGUUGCAUGCCCCAGAUGCAUGCUGUUUCCAUGGUGGAGUGGAGGCAUGAGCGUUAGUGAAGCUGCUGGCUCAGGGGCACAUGGAGCAGCUCCCGUCUCUCUAGAGGGACACCCUGCACCACAGAUUGUGGAGUGCUGUGACAGGGGCUGGUGGUUGUGCCCUCUCUCACUUUCAGUGGAAGUUUUAGCCCUGCAGGUAGUAAGGUGUCAUCAAAUCACAAAAUAUCCUGAGUUGGAUAAAAUGACCCACAGGAUCAUCAAAAUCCAACUCCUUGCCCUGCACAGGAACUAAACGAAUCCCACCAUGUGCCUUAGACCUUUGUCCAAGCGUUUCUUGGCCUCUCUCAGACCUGGUGCUGUGACCACUUCUAUUGGGAGCCUGUUCUAGUGCUCAGUCAUCCUCUGGAUGAAGAACCUUCUCCUGAUAUCGAGUCCAAACCUUCUGUGACACCAUUUUGGCCAUUCCCAGGGGCCCUGUCACUGGUCACAGGAGUGUAAAUAUCAGUGUCUGCUGCUCCUCUUACCCUCACAAGGAAGUUGUAGACUGCAAUGUGGUCUCUCCUCAGUCUUCUCUUGUCUAGACUGAGCAGACCAAGUGACUUCAACCUCAUAUGGGUUCCCCUCACAGCCCUUCACCAUGUUUGUUCCCCCCUUUGGACACUUUAACAGCUCAAUGUCUUUCUCAUACUGUGGCACCCUGAACAGCCCCCAGCACUCGAGGUGAGGCUGCCCCAGAGCAGAGCAGAGCAGAGCAGAGUGGUAUAAUCCUCUCCCUUGCCUGGCUGUGAUGCUGUGCCUGAUGCACCCCAGCACACGGGUGGCCCUCCUGGAUUCCAGGGCACUGCUGACUCAUGUUCAGCUUCCCAUUGGCAGGACCCCCACGCCACUUUCCAUGGUGCCUCUCUUUCCCCAGCUGCACACACCUCCAGAAUUGCCCUGUCACAGGUACAGUAUCUAAUACUUGUCUGUGGUGGGUCAGUUGCUUAGCAGCACCCACCCCUCUUCUGUGCAUGUGGUCUCUCGUGAUUGUCUGGCAGAGCCAACCUGUGCAUGAUGGUUGCUGCACUCCUUUGUCAGCACUUUUUGACACUGUCGUGCCCUGUGUGUUCCAUACCACAUGAUGCUUGGCUUGCACUACCAUGGCCCUACAGGCCUACCCAGAAGUAUCACAGUCUCCAGACUGAGUUGUUGCAUUCUGGUUUUUUGAGGGAGAGAGCUUGAAUAGUAAAACCCAGUGAUUUUAGCCUGUAUGUAAAAAUGCCUUUUUUUUUUCUUCUUUUUUUCUUUUGGAGACAGGGCUGUAGGUGAAGAUGCAGGAACCAGAACUUGUUGCAAAAGCCCUGCGAGCUGUUCUUCACGCCUUUAAAAAUGGUGUACGUUUGUCAGAACUUCAGAAUGAAUAUAGAUCCCUGACCAAUGAGUUCAUUCCCUUCAGGCACCUAGGAUAUGACACACUGGAAGGCUACUUGGAAAGUAUCCCAGGAGUGGUCAGAGUGGAAGAGAACAAAAUGGGAGAGGUAAUUUGCCAUGCUGUUAGUUGCAAUGAAACUGUACGAGUUGCUCAACUGGUGGCCCGACAGAGGAGUUCCAAGAAGAAAACAGUCCGGCAGGUGAACUGUCAGAUGAGGCUGAAGAACACAUCACCAGUCAGUUUAUCAGGAAAGCCCAAAGGAACUUUGCGGCAGCCCCGGUCUUUGAACAUGCCAGAAGAAGGCAGUUCUAAGAGGCCUGUGCCUCGCCUGCCCCGAGGCAGAGAAGUGGCAUGUGGAGGUGUGAAACCUGUGGUGGAGAGUGCCCGAUCUGCCUUACCUUCAGCUGCUGGGAGUGGACCACCUAAAGAAAUCCCCAUGCAGAGGCAUGUCACUGUGGUAAACAGAUCUGAGAAGAGGCUGACUGUCCCACCACGAUUUCAAAAGGAGUUGCAAGUUCACCUGUCCAGAAGCUCUUCCACAGAGUCAAAUGAUAGCUUGAAUACAUCCACUGCAGAGGCACAUACUGUUGCCCCUGGCUCUUCUGCUGCUGAUAUCCAUGAACUUCAAAGUCGCAUUAAGGAGCUGCUGAGCAAGUACAGCAGUGGUGUCAGACUGUCAAAGAUGCCUCAGAUAUAUCGGGAAAUGUACUGGGAGGACCUGAGCACAGAAGUGCUCUAUCAGCUUGAGAACUGGCCUCAUGUGUGCACAGUAGACAGCAUCCACAGCCUUUCCCUCACCCUCUGGGGACAUCACCUGGUCGUGAAAGGACAUCAGGUUGGUCAGGUGGAGAAAAUACAUAGAGGUGAUCCAAUAGAUGGAUUUGUUUAUCCUGCUAAGAAAAUACCACCAGCAGCAAAAAGCGAUGCUGAGCAAGAAAAGGCAUCUCAGAAUAUUACUUCACCAAAAGCAGACCCUUUGUUAAAGCCAAAUAUGGAGACCACACCUGCAUCACUCAGUAGCGACUUCAAAGCAAAAGUUGUUGGCAUCUUGCUGAAGUAUUCCAAUGGUCUUUGGGCUCAUGCACUUCCCAAAGUGUACCAAGACACUUACCAAGUAAAAUUCCCAGAAGACAUUCUGAAUAAUCUAGAGUUGCUGGCAGAUGUAUGUGUUGUGGACUACGUAUCUGAAGUCCCCAGAAAGGCGAUCCUCUAUGCUAAACCCCAGAAAUGCAUUGAUGAAAAUCUGAAUGUCACUGAGAAAGUCAAGAGGCAUGAUAGUGUGAAGGCCACAGCUGAACAGCAGUAUGAAGAAUCCAAGGACCAGUACCUAGAAAACAUAACUGUUCCUUCUCUAAUUAUUCCAUCAGAAGGAUCUGUGUCCAUCAUGGUGUUAGAAUUGAAAAACACUAAUGAGGUCCUGAUUAGGUAUGUGGGCAAAGACUAUUCUUCUGCCCAGGAACAAAUGGAAGAUGAAAUGAAAGCAUACUACAAUCAGACCAGUACAGUGUCAUCAGCUCAGUCUCUGAGUGUUGGGCAGCUUGUUGCAGUACAUGCUGAAGAAGAUGCCUGGUUGCGUGCACGGAUAAUUUCUCUGGAGGACAACAGAGUAAAGGUAUACUAUGUUGAUCAUGGCUUCAGUGAAUUUGUUGAAAGCAACAGUGUGUGCAGACUCCAGAAACAAUUCAGAUCACUUCCUUUUCAAGCUGCAAAAUGUAAACUGGCAGGACUGGAAGCCUUCUGUGAUGAUCCUGUCCUAGUAAAGGCUGUGGAAUCACAGACAUGUUUCAAGAUAUUUGCUGUGGAAGUACUGGAAAAGAGUGAUACUCCUCUUCUUGUUCUCUAUGACACUUCUGGAGAAGAUGAUAUCAACAUCAAUGCUACUUGUCUGAAGGCAUUGUAUGACAAGUCCCUUGAACUGCACCUACAGGCAGAUACACUAUAUACCAAUGUCAGAGUAACCAGUGUUUCCUCUGAUGGGAGCCUGUAUUGUCAAGUGCCAUCCAAAGGCUUGUCUAGGCUUUCUGAAAUAUUGCAGAAACUAGAAGACUACUUUAUUUACAAGACAUCUGAGUUCAAUGUAUUGCUACCUUUCUGUGGCAAAAUCUGCUUGUUUCCUUCCAAAGGAAAAUUGGCACGUGUAGAGAUAAAAAUUAUUCACACUAGACGGGCACUUGAUGUGCAAUUUAUGGAUACUGGAACAGUUGCAACUGUAAAAGUAUCAGAGCUCAAAGAAAUCCCACCACAAUUCCUGAGAGAAGUAAUUGCAAUACCUCCUCAGGCUUUGAAGUGCUGUCUGGCAGAUCUGCCUCCUAACACUGGCAUGUGGACUCCAGAUGCUGUUCUGUGGCUGCGAGAUGCUGUAAUAAAUUGUCCUGAAUUUAGCAUGAAGGUGAUUAAACAGGAUGCUUCAAAAGGAAUUGCACACAUCUACUUGUUUGCUCCAGAGAAUUUCCCAGACAUGGAUCGUAGCAUCAAUAGGCAGAUCAAAAAUGCAGACUUGUGGAAGCAUCAAAAAGAUGUUUUCUUGAGUGUGGCUCCCAGUGGGACCAGCUUCACAAAAGCUGUAGGUGAUGCUGUUCCAGCUCUCCAGUUACCUAGUGGGAAGCUGGAGAAGAGUUUCCCUGAUUCAGGCAGAGAGCCCGGCAGUACAGUGUCCAGCAUGGAGAUGCCGCCCCCUCUACCCUUGCCAAAGCCUGGUGACCUCAUGGAUAUCUACGUCUCGGUGGCCUGCCAUCCCGGUCAUUUCGUUGUCCAGCCUUGGAAUGAGCUAAACAACCUGUAUGCCCUAAUGGAAGAAAUGAUCUUGUACUACAGCAGGGCAGAAGAGAAACCUGUGACCAUUGAAAAAAAUAAGCUGUAUGCAGCUAAAAUUGGAGAUGAGUGGUACAGGGUCAUAAUAAAAGGGAUUCUUAGAAAUGGGUUUUUGUCAGUGUAUGAGCUGGACUAUGGCAAACAUGAGUUUGUCAGCGUAGGGAAAGUACAGCCACUCCUGGAUACGUUCAGAAGACUACCUUUCCAAGCUAUCACAGCUCAGCUUGCAGGAGUGAAAAACCAGCAGUGGUCAGAAGAGGCAUCAAUAGUGUUUCGGAAUCUGGUAGAGAAGAAACCUUUUGUGGCACAGAUACAGGCAGUUAAUGACAGCACUAACUCUUGGGAUCGAAAAAUAGUGACUUUUCUUGUGGACACAUCUCUUCCACAUAUUGAUACAUGGAUUCAUGAUUUUGUGUCUCAGAGUCUUGUGGAAUUUUCAAAGGGUGAUUAAUCAUCACUUCUGCAAUGUAGCAGCUUAGCAAUAAAAUGAGUAACAGGCUUUGAAGAGCAGUAUAACUACUACAUGGCCUUUAAGACAUAAUGGGGAUAAAACUGAAAAAUCUGUGUUUGUUUAACAAGUUUGGAUUCUGUUGACUUCAGUUGACUUUCUGAAAAUUUUAACGUUGUUUACCAUUGUAAUGCUAGAAUAUUUGAGUUAAAUUAUUUUAAAAGUUAUUUAUCAAUAAAACAAUGUUCA